AAGUCCGAGAUUACCCAUACUCGGGAAAAUCAAAAGCGUUUUUAUCAACUGGGGAUAAUUACUAACGAGAACUACCGAGAACCGGUUUCCAUUUCGGAAAUAGGUUAGAAUUGGAGAAGAGAGGUUAGAAAGGUUCAGAUACAAUAAACAAUGUUAGAAAUAACAUGCAAUGAUCGUCUUGGUAAAAAGGUUAGAGUGAAAUGCAACCCAGAUGAUACCAUUGGAGAUUUGAAAAAGUUGAUAGCUGCUCAGACCGGAACACACUGGGAGAAAAUUGUGUUGAAAAAGUGGUACACCAUUUUCAAAGAUCACAUCAAACUCCAAGAUUAUGAAAUACAUGACGGCAUGAAUUUAGAACUCUACUACCAAUAAUUCUAUAAAAUGAUGCGUUACACGUAAGCUUUUUGUACGAGUCUUUAUAUUGUUAAGAUGAUAAAGUUAUUCUGUACAUUUUUUCCCUCUAUUAGAAGUAUACAAAAAAAGUAUACGACAUAUAUUCAUUUUAACAAUCUCUAAUUGAUGGUAUAAAUUACUAGAGCACAUCAGUGCUCUUUGUACAUACACAGGAUGUAAUCGAAAACUAUGGCAAAGCUGGUACAGCAUAUUAGUCUCGUGUUAAAAGGAUAAAAAAAGAUUUAAGCAGACUAUCCUACAUUAUUGGGCAUGUAUAAAUUUAUUUUGCUCUCAAUCGCUGCUCCACAGCUUUGCUACAUAUUUUGAUCAUGUCCUGUAUCUUCUAUAUGCGUAUCUAAAUCUAGAGGAUUUUUCCUUUUUAAUUAGUCAACAGUGUUCAUUAAAAUGUUAUUGCAAAGUUUACUACAAGUGUCAGUAAAAUAUAACGUGACGAAUCUCGAAAUAUUAAUCUCAAACUCUCCUAUAUUUAUAUACUAGUAAAACGAUACAAAAUGUCGCAGAUAUCGAAAUAAAGUGAACAAGAUUAGAUUCAGCAAAACAUUCUAAACUUGCUAAGAUUUCAAGGAUUAAUGCGGUCUCUUGAUUAAUCCGUCUAUCCUGUUUACUGGACUUUCAGGUUCCACCAUUUCCCUACCUCGGUUGCUUAAGAAGUCUCGUAUGUGCUGCACUAUCAGAUCUAUCGCCACUGUAACAAAUCAUCACGAAAUGUCAGUGCGCAAUCGCAAAUUAGGGAUACACGAUACAUUUGGGUAUAAUAAAUUCCUUUAUUUAUGGCAUAUCGUUGUACACUUUAAAGUAAUAUAAAAUUGAUAAA